UUUACAAGCCGUGUAUGUGGUUUGGCAGAGGCAUAUCUUGAGUUCUGGUAUUGAGCAGGUUUUGUCACAAAUCUGGCAACCCUGAUGGAUACAUGCUAGCAACAAAAUGGACUGGCGGUAGUUAGGACGUCCAGAACAUAACCAUUCCUAUAUCUUUGUGUUGUGUUUGUUUUCAAAAGUAUUUUGUACUUUGUAACCCAGUUAAACUCUCCUGCAGUCAGUCUUAUCACUCAGUAGUUGCCUUCGUGGCGAGUAUCGUAGCCAGUCUCUCUGUACUCGACAACGUUUGAUUCUCCCGCUGAUGGUCCAUGAGCUAUGGAGGGUUCAUCCUCUCGUCUAUCUACCCACGAUGGACCCCUGUGGCAGGCGGGCAGGAGAGACUCCGGCGGGGAUGCAGAGUCUGACUCUGCCCGGGACGUGAAAACACACUUCCGCGUCUGUCGCUUCAUCAUGGAAACAGGGGUGAAGCUGGGUAUGCGCUCGGUGCCUGUGGCCACAGCGUGUGUGUUAUACCACCGUUUCUUUGAACGUGUCAGCCUGCGUGCGUAUGAACCGUACUUGGUGGCCAUGAGCUGUGUGUACCUAGCCGGCAAAGUGGAGGAGCAGCACAUCAGGACCCGUGACAUCAUCAACGUAAGCCACAGGUAUUUCAACAGUGGCAGCGCCCCUCUAGAAUGUGACAAGGAGUUCUGGGACCUGAGGGACAGCGUGGUGCAGUGUGAGCUCCUCAUCCUCCGACAGGUCAACUUCCACGUCUCCUUUGAACACCCUCACAAGUAUUUACUCCACUACCUGUUUUCUGUGAAGUCGCUGGUGAACCGCCACGCCUGGUCCCGAACCCCUGUGUCUGAGACUUCCUGGGCAUUGCUUAGAGACUGUUACCAUGGAGCCAUGUGUAUCCGCCACAAACCUCAACACAUUGCCAUUGCGACGCUGUACCUGGCUUUGAACAGCUACGGAGUGGAGCUUCCUGUCGGGGAGAGAGAGUGGUGGCAGGUGCUGUGUGAGGACGUGACCAAAGCAGACAUCGAUGCUGUGAUUUCAGACCUUCUUCAGCUCUACGACAUGGAGGCCAAGUGUAUCUAAAGGACUCGCCUACAGACCUGCACUGAGGAGACACAUGGGAGCUGAUCUGUCUGUGUGUGUUUACUUGACUUUGUUUAAUCGUAGCAUGAAUGUGCGUGUCUGUAUGUGUGUUGUUCUCUGCAUGUAAUGGUUCAGGUGAGUUUGUGUAUACGUGAGAGAGAGAGAUGAGAGAGAGAGAGAGAGAGAGAGAGAGAGAGAGAGAGAGAGAGAGAGAGAGAGAGAGAGAGAGAGAGAGAGAGAGAGAGAGAGAGAGAGAGAGAGAGAGAGAGAGAGAGAGAGAGAGAGAGAGAGAGAGAGAGAGAGAGAGAGAGAGAGAGAGAGAGAGAGAGAGAGAGAGAGAGAGAGAGAGCUUGUUGUAUUGCCCCAGUUAGUCUGUGAGCUGUGACAAAAACACACCUGCACUACCGACUCCUGCCACCAUGGGGAGACAUUUCUUGCUUCGUGCUCUCUGAUCCCUCAGCCCUGCAGAAUACUGAUGUGCUGUGGACUAAAUCAUCAGUACCAGGCUUUUCAAAAACACCUCAGCACCAGCAACAUCUUCACACUCCACACCUAACAUGUUUUAACUACAAAUGCCUCUUUAUGGAUUUGAGCUCAAGUUCAUCAUCCAUUGUUAUAAAUAAUUCACCAAUAACUCCAACAAAGCACUGCAAAUUCAGGGGAAUAGUGACAUCAGUUUGAUAUCUAUUAUUAAAUGAUAUUUUCUUUACACAUCUGUUCAUUCAGAUAAAGCUAGACAAUAAUAAAAAUGUAGUUGAGGUGAAGUUUUGAAUGUCUGAGCAUCCAGAGAACCUCACUGCAUAAAUCUACAUAUUAACAAGGACAAUUAGAUUUUCUCUACUAAUAAUACAUGUCCUCAAUUUUUAAGAUACACAUUGUAACUCGUGUUGACAUUGCAUAUUAUUGUAUAAAAGUAGCCAUAUUUAAAAUAUGAGUGGAUUAAUUGACUUAACCUCUUUAUCAUAAGUGAUAUAUAUCAAGCUGAUUAUAGUGGAAUAUUGCAGUGCUGCCGUUUCCAUAGAUCUUUUAGUUAAAGCACAAUUGGUAAUUUUUGGCAGAUUUGAAAUAUGUGGGGAUGUGAUUUGCUGUAUGAUUUAGGCGAAUGUUUCUGCUGUUAAAAUUACAGAUAAUGUGUCAGUGUGUGUUGUUCAAAAUUCAAAUCAAGAAGCUUUAUUUGUCCUCAUGGGGCAAUUUAAAGUCCAUUAGAAAUAGACAUUAAAACACACAAAAGACACACAACCACUGCAAGGCAAACUACACAUGAAGAAAGACAAAAAGAAAAACAAUGACACGAAUAAAACAUCAGUGCAAAAAACAAAACAAAAAAACAAUAACACUGCAAAACAAAACCUGUAAUAUUAUAAUGAUGAUUGUGGUAUUACAACUUGGCAGACCUAGUCCUGCCCUGUUGAUAUUCCAUGUUUUUUUUGUAUGUGUUACUUUCUGUGAGUCCAUGAAGUGACUAAAACCAACAAUGAAUUGACAGUAUUACAAGUAUUGUCUGUGUAUCAAAGGCAGUUGUAUCGUAUUCCUCUGAGCCAUAGAGCGUUGUUUUCUAAAAACUAUUAAAAAUACAUCAGUGAGCCUCACUGUU